GGCGGUGGCGGAGGAGGUGGAGGAGGAAGAAGAGGCGGUGGGGUCGAGCUUGACGAUGGAGCGGGUGGCCGCCGCGAAGAAGUUCAUCGAGAACCACUAUAGAAACCAGAUGAAGAACAUCCAGGAGCGGAAAGAACGACGUUGGUUCUUGGAGAGACAAUUGGCUUCUUCACAAGUUUCCAAGGAGGAGCAACUCUGUUUAUUAAAGGAUCUUGAGAGGAAGGAGACAGAGUAUAUGAGACUUAAAAGGCACAAGAUCUGUGUUGAUGAUUUUGAGCUGCUGACCAUAAUCGGGAGAGGAGCUUUUGGGGAGGUCAGACUUUGUCGGGAGAAGUCCUCUGGGAAUAUUUAUGCCAUGAAAAAACUGAAGAAAUCUGAAAUGGUUAGCAGGGGUCAGGUGGAGCAUGUAAGAGCUGAAAGAAACUUGCUUGCUGAAGUUGCUAGCCACUGCAUUGUGAAACUCUACUACUCAUUUCAAGAUGCUGAAUACCUUUACCUAAUUAUGGAAUAUCUUCCUGGAGGGGACAUGAUGACCCUGCUUAUCAGAGAGGAUACCUUAACUGAAAGCGUGGCUAGAUUUUACAUUGCUCAGAGUGUGUUGGCCAUAGAAUCCAUUCAUAAACACAAUUAUAUUCACAGGGACAUAAAACCUGACAAUCUUCUUUUGGACAAAAACGGUCACAUGAAGUUGUCAGACUUUGGCUUGUGUAAGCCAAUUGAUUGUUCAAAGCUUUCAACAUUGAACGAAGAUGAACCCAUGAGUGAUGAAAAUCUUAGGGAGUCGAUGGAUAUUGAUGGAAUUCCGGAUACAAAAAAUGCUAGAAGGUGGAAAAGCCCCCAUGAACAACUGCAGCACUGGCAGAUGAAUCGUAGGACGCUGGCAUUUUCCACAGUUGGAACACCAGAUUAUAUUGCUCCAGAAGUGUUACUGAAGAAAGGAUAUGGCAUGGAGUGUGAUUGGUGGUCUUUGGGUGCAAUAAUGUAUGAGAUGCUUGUUGGUUAUCCACCAUUCUAUUCCGAUGAUCCAAUAACUACAUGUCGUAAGAUUGUGCAUUGGCGAAACCAUUUGAGAUUUCCAGAAGAUACAAGGUUGUCUCCUGAGGCAAAGGAUCUUAUUUGUAGAUUAUUAUGUGACGUUGAGCACAGACUUGGCAGUGGAGGGGUAGAUCAAAUAAAGGCUCAUCCUUGGUUCAAAGGUGUUGUGUGGGAUAAACUUUAUGAAAUGGAUGCAGCAUUUAAACCUGAAGUUAAUGGCGAAUUAGAUACUCAGAACUUCUUGAAGUUUGAUGACUUGGAUCCUCCUCCAGCAAGAAGCGGAUCUGGGCCUACACGGAAGAAAUUGCUAAAUCCACAAGAUUUGAGCUUUGUUGGAUAUACUUACAAGAACUUUGAUGCUGUGAAAGGGUUAAAAUCUCUUGAUUCAAAAAGAAGUUUGUCACCGAAGCGACCAUCAAUUGAUUCUAUAUUUGGUGACUCAGUCACGGACAAUGCAAGGAAAUCAACAGGAGGGAAUACUGAUGUGGACAUGGUUUCAUCAGGGGAUGCAAUGUCCCCAUAAUUCACAUAUCCAUUGAGGGGUUUAUCCGGACACAUGCCCAACCAAAUGUGGCUAUUGGACUUACCUGCUUAUUUUUAGUCAGGUCUGCCCAAUUCCGAGGUCCUGAUAGGCUAUCUACUUGACAUUUUGUAGAACCAAACCAAAUUUUAAUUUGUACAGUAGUGUAUUAAUGAUGUCUAGAAGAAAAGCCAAAAUGCUGCAGUAUUUAUGGUGGCUGAGACAAGAGAUGGCUGUGCGCACGUAUUUGUCCCGGCUGCCCAGGUUGGCAGACAAAACAUGCCUUCUCUUGUGGCAGUUUCUAUCUGGAUUUACUUCGAUGACAACAUGAUAAUACUUUGUGCACGCUGCGGAUAUGUUGGUGUUGUUCGAUGUGUAUUCUAGGAAUUUUAGUUUCGUUAGUGUCUUGUUGAACCGCGCAUUAUUUGUGAUAUCAUUUUUGCCUUAGUACAAGUAUAUGUUCACUGUGA